AUGGUUUGCCAGGCUUUGCGAACGCCCUGGAGUGACAUAAAGCUGGUGUUAGUAUGAGGGGACCUUCACAUCCCCCACCGGUGCAGUGGCCUACCGGUGAAGUUCAAGGUGCCAGGAAAGAUUCAGCACAUCUUGUGCAUGGGAAACCUCCGCACCCAGCAGAACUAUGACUACCUCAGGACACUGGCUGUGGACAUCCGCGUUGUUAGGGGGGACUCUGAGAACCUGAAUUAUCCUGAAGAGAAGGUUGUAACUAUUGGGCAGUUCAGAAUUGGGCUGAUUCAUGGCCAUCAGGUUUUUCCCUGGGGUGAUGUGGCCAGCCUGGCACUGCUGCAGAGGCAGCUGGAUGUGGACAUUCUCAUCUCGGGACACACACGCAGAUUUGAAGCGUUUGAAUAUGAAAACAAAUUCUACAUCAACCCAGGAUCAGCUACAGGAGCCUACAGUGCUCUGGAAACGAAUAUCAUCCCUUCGUUUGUACUGAUGGAUAUCCAGGCUUCCACUGUUGUGACUUAUGUAUACCAACUGAUUGAGGAUGAUGUGAAAGUAGAAAAAAUCGAGUUCAAGAAGUACUGA